UGGUCCACCCCUCCCGGAUUUACCCUACCAAGCUUUUUAGUGCAAAAGUCGAUAACAAAUUUUAGUUUUUUCGUUGUUUUUCACAUGCCCUAUUAAAAUUCCAUGGGUUUUUUAUCAGUUCUACGCUUAUCAAAGGGGUAUAAAAGCCAUCAACACGAUUACGACCUCAACAGUGUUUGAUAAUGGAAAUAACUUUCCACGGAAAAAGAGCUUUGGUGACUGGAGCAAGUCAAGGUAUCGGCCGCGAUAUUGCAAUCCAAUUAGCGAAAUGUGGCGCCGAAGUCAUUGCUGUUGCUCGCAACCAACAACUCCUAAACGAUUUAAAACGCGAAUUCCCUUCAAUUAGCCCCAUUUCCGUCGACUUAACCGACUGGAAAGCCACUCAAAAGGCCUUAUCCAACAUGGGCCCCAUUGACCUCCUUGUCAACAACGCCGGAAUUGUCAUCCUAAAACCGGUCCCGGAGUUCUCCGAGGAAGACUACGACCGACUUUUUGACACCAAUGUCAAAGCCCUUGUCAACGUCACCCAAAUCGUCACCAAACAAUUGCUUGAAAGGGGGGCCCCGGGGGCUAUAGUCAACGUUUCGUCCCAAACGGCCAAAGUCGGGCUUGAAAAGCACGCGGUGUAUUGCGGGACUAAGGGGGCUGUCGAUGCCUACACCAGAGGGGUGGCUCUGGAGCUUGGCCCCCACAACAUCAGAGUCAACUGUGUUAACCCCACUGUUAUUAUGACGGAAAUGGGGAAAAUUGGGUAUUCUGAUAAGAGAUUGGCUGAGAAAAAAAUUGCGAAAAUUCCAUUACGCCGAUUUGGCGAAGUUAGAGAAGUCACCGAUGCUGUUUUGUUUCUUUUGAGUGAUAAGGCCAGCAUGAUAACGGGUGAAACGCUCCUGGUUGAUGGUGGAUAUGUGCAUGCUUGAUAAUAAUAAAUCAAUAACUGAUAA